CGACCAUACACAUUAAGGGGAAAAACAGUAGUGUAUGUAGUAAUAUAUUUUUAUCAUGUGUGCACAUAAUUAUUAUUAUUAAUAAUAAUAUUGUCAGGCUUCACGGUGGCAGAGGGGUUAGUGCGUCUGCUUCACAAUACGAAGGUCCUGCAGUCCUGGGUUCAAUCCCAGGCUCGGGAUCUUUCUGUGUGUAGUUUGCAUGUUCUCCCCGUCAAUGCGUGGGUUCCCUCCUGGUACUCCGGCUUCCUCCCACUUCCAAAGACAUGCACCUGGGGAUAGGUUGAUUGGCAACACUAAAUUGGCCCUAGUGUGUGAAUGUUGUCUGUCUAUCUGUGUUUGCCCUGCGAUGAGGUGGCGACUUUUCCAGGGUGUACCCCGCCUUCCGCCCGAUUGUAGCUGAGAUAGGCGCCAGCGACCCCAAAAGGGAAUUAGCGGUAGGAAAUGGAUGGAUAAUAUUGUCAUUAUUAUUAUUAUUAUUAUUCCAGUGUGUAUGUGCUUAAAUGUUGUAAUUAUACAGUAUUUUCACCAUUAUUUGUAUACAUAGCAACCACUAGGCGGAGCCAUGACGUUUGUUUAAACCAGGGCUAUUCAAAGUAUGGCAUAGUGAGCCUCCACUGAAAGAACAUAAUUCAUUUGGGGCCUCCCCUGGAGGAAUUUUCUGCUCAUCUCUUCUAAUGUUACCCUCUCAUUAUAGGGAUUAAAAAUCAAUUGCGUUUUCCUUCAAAAAAACUGACAACAGUUUAGGAGGUUUGACAGCAAUAUUUUCUUAAUUUUUCUAAAGCUGCUGAAAUCUUAGCGUGGUCCUGAGAGGAGAAGUGCCUCACAGUUUGAAAGCCCCUGGUUUGAAACUCAUAAGACUGCAAAAAAUGCAGAGGUUACUUCUCCAUGUUUUUUUAAUGGCUGCUCAUCAGGCUGUUUACACAACAUCCAUCACGCUGUAUCACUUCAAGUGAAUAAUUAAACGUUUAUGUUUAAUGUAUUAUUUGUGUUACUACUCUCAGGGGCCCAGGUUGUUGACUUUUUUGAGCUAGGCAUUUGCCAAAAAAGAACAAAACAAUCAUAGUUAAUGUUUUCAGUUGAGCGUUCAAAGCUUCUUUGAGAUGCAUUAUGUAGUCGGUCCAUGUUCUGUGGUAAUCUUGCUGAAAAAAGCUCCAAAUAGAUUGCAGGGUUGUCCCCACUGUCCUGUAAUGAGAUGGCUGUGUAUCUUUUCUAGUGACAUACUUGGAAGACACUUACCUGCAAGACUUGCAAAAAUCCUCUGUUCACUGUGAAGAUAAACACUAAAAAUACACCUACCUUAAUCUGCUUACAGGUUUCGCCGCUCGAUGGACCACACACACACGGCGACAGAGCCUUAAGAGCAACUUAAUACCUGACUGCUUCAUCAUCUUCAGAGUCUGUGCUUAUGGUUUCUCGCCUGGAGGGGCUGUGCAGCCUGGACUGUUUGGCUGAGCCCCUGGACGAGAUGAGCAUGUCAACCCGCCUCAACCUCAACAGCCUGGGCAGGAUUUGCGGCAUCAGCCGCGGCAGCGACAUGGUGAUUGUGGACCGGGUCAAGAGGAAGAACUCGGUCAGGCGCAUGUCGAUCAUCGAGGAUGGACAAAUAGCUGAGAUUCUCUACCUGAUCCCCAAGAACUGCAUGAUGGAGCAGCUGCCUUUUCUAAACCCCAACGACUAUGUUCUGUGUGAGAAGCUGGCGGCCAUACCUGCGGAUGUGUCAGUGCUUCACACCCGGAGCGAUCGUCAGCCUCAUACCCCUGCAGUCAAGAAGGUCAUCAGAUGCAUGAAAUGUGGGGAGGUCUGCAAAGGGGAGGUGCUGCGAGUCCAGUCAAGUCACUUCCACAUCAGAUGCUUCACCUGCAAGGUGUGUGGCUGCGACUUGGCGCGCUCCGGCUUCUUCUUGAAGAACGGAGACUCUCUCUGUCCGCUGGACUACCAGAGACUUCAUGGCACCCUCUGCAACAGCUGCGGGGGAUUUGUGGAGGGAGAGGUGGUUUCCGUCUUGGGCAAGACGUACCACCCGGCUUGCUUUGUGUGCACCAUUUGCAAAAAACCAUUUCCGGCUGGUGAUUGUGUCACCUUCAGUGGGAAAGAUUGCAUCUGCCAACGGUGUGUUAGCCCUUUGUCGCCUCCCCCUACUGGAGUCAGAUAUUCUAACAACUGCAACGGCUGCGGCCGAGACAUCAAGAACGGCCAGGCUUUGUUGGCGUUGGGGAGCCAGUGGCACCUUGGCUGCUUCAAGUGCAACAUCUGCCAAAGAAUGCUCAGUGGAGAAUACAUCAGCAAGGAUGGUGUCCCAUAUUGUGAGAGAGACUACCAGCUUCAGUUCGGCGUGCAAUGUGAAGCGUGUCAGAAGUUUAUAACGGGCAAAGUCCUGGAGGCAGGGGACAAACACUAUCACCCGGAAUGUGCAAGAUGCAGCCGAUGUGAUAAAACCUUCACAGAGGGAGAAGAACUGUAUCUGCAAGGAUCGACAGUGUGGCACCCACACUGCAGAGAAAGAAGCAGAAAUAAUGACAAUUACAGGUCAACUCUAUCAUCAUCUGAAAGCUCCUGCUCCAGACCAGACUCCUGUAUACCUGGAAGCCCCAGUCGCAACAUAUGUGCUAAAGUAGAUGAUGAGAUCAUUGAUUACAGAGACUUAGCAGCAAUUCCCAGAGUCAAGGCUAUUUAUGACAUAGAGCAUCCUGAUAUGAUGUCCUAUAAGAGUGACGUCCUCAGCUCGGACAGCAAAGGCACCACACAGCCUCAGGACAGACAGAGCUCUGCACAGUCUCCAGCAAAUGUAUCAGAGACCACAGAGGAGAGCUUUGAGAUGAGAAAAAGCAUUCCCAAGUCGGCAAGUCACGGAUCGUUCGGUGUUCAGUCGUACAGUCAUCACAGCUACACGCCCACCAGAUCCCCUCAGCACUUCCACCGGCCCGGCCCUUUAUUUUCUGUCAACGACACCUUGCUCUCCCUCUCUUCCCAUCACCCUGACAACAAAGAUCAAGGUUUCGACAUGUACAAAAGGCCUCCAAUUUACAAACAGCAAGAUCCAAAUUCCUCCCAUACAUCCUCUUUGCCUGGAUAUGGCUGCAAUGGCCUCAAUCCGCCACAAUCAGCAAGCAGCGGUGACACAUUUAGGGAUUUCAAGCUGCUCCAUGAGAGCCCACAUCCAUUUGCACGAAUAGACAGAGGAGUGUCAUUGCCUAACUUGCUGGAGCCAAAAGUGUAUCCAUAUGAGAUGCUCACGGUUACCAGCAGGGGGCGUGUGAAGCUUCCAAGAGAGGUUGACAGAACAAGACUUGAGCGUCACCUGUCUCCUGACUCCUUCUUUGAAAUCUUUGGCAUGGCGAAACAAGAAUUUGACAGACUUCCACUUUGGAAACGUAACGACAUGAAGAAAAAAGCCAAUCUUUUCUAAAUGCAUGUUUUAUGAAUUGUUAUUUCCUAUAUUUAUUUAUUUGCACUUGGAUCAGAAAUUAUUCUUUUUUUUUUUUGACUAAAAAAUAUUUAUUACAAUGAUAGGUUGAUUGGCAACACUACCGUAUUUUUCGGAGUAUAAGUCGCACCUGCCGAAAAUGCAUAAUAAAGAAGGAAAAAAGCAUAUAUAUAAGUCGCACUGGAGUAUAAGUCGCAUUUUUUGGGGAAAUUUAUUUGAUAAAACCCAACACCAAGAAUAGACAUUUGAAAGGCAAUUUAAAAUGAAUAAGGAAUAGUGAACAACAGGCUGAAUAAGUGUACGUUAUAUGACGCAUAAAUAACCAACUGAGAACGUGCCUGCUAUGUUUACGUAACAUAUUAUGGUAAGAGUCAUUCAAAUAACCAUAACAUAUAGAACAUGCUAUACGUUUACCAAACAAUCUGUCUCUCCUAAUCGCUAAAUCCCAUGAAAUCUUAUACGUCUAAUCUCUAAUGUGAAUGAGCUAAAUAAUAUUUGAUAUUUUACGGUAAUGUGUUAAUAAUUUCACAAAAAAGUCACUCCUGAGUAUAAGUCGCACCAAACUAUGAAAAAAACUGCGACUUAUUGUCCGAAAAAUAUGGUAAAUGGCCCCUAAUGUGUGAAUGUGAGUGUGAAUGUUGUCUGUCUAUCUGUGUUGGCCCUGCGAUGAGAUGGCGACUUGUCCAGGGUGUACACCGCCUUCCGCCCGAUUGUAGCUGAGGUAGGCACCAGCGACCCCAAAAGGAAUAAGCGGAGGGAAAUGGAUAGAUGGAUGGAUUACAGGCCGUUUUAAUUACGAUGAACAUCUCCACUGUCUAUUUUGGGGAUUUUCCUUUUCCAGUCAUCCCACAUCGCGCUUCAAUUAUUGCUCCUUCACAAGGUCGCAGAUUUUUGGGGGGAUACGUACAAAACCCAAAACCAGUGAAGUUGGCACGUUAUAUGCAAAUCCUUUUCAACUUGUAUUAAAUUGAAUAGACUGCAAAGACAAGAUAUUUAAUGUUCGAACUGAGAAACUUUUUUUUUGCAAAUAAUCAUUAACUUAGAAUUUAAUGGCAGCAAAACAUUUGUUAUAACGGACCGCAGAUGGUGAAAUCCCUAAAUUCUUUGCAAUAGCUCAUUGAGAAAUGUUCUUAAACUGUUGGACAAUUUGCUCACGCAUUUGUUCACAAAGUGGUGACCCUCGCCCUGUCCUUGUUUUUGAAUGACUGAGUAUUUCAUGGAAGCUGCUUUUAUACCCAAUCAUGGCACCCACCUGUUCCCCAUUAGCCUGUUCACUUGUGGGAUGUUCCAAAUAAGUGUUUGAUGAGCAUUCCUCAACUUUCUCAGUCUUUUUUGCCACUUGUGCCAGCUUUUUUGAAACAUGGUGCAGGCAUCAAAUUCCAAAUGAGCUAAUAUUGGCAAAAAAUUUAGUUUUACAGUUUAAACGUUAAGUAUCUUGUCUUUGCAGUCUAUUAAAUUGAAUAUAGGUUAAAAAGGCUUUGCAAAUCAUUGUAUUCUGUUUUUAUUUAACAUUUACACAAUGGGCCAACUUCACUGGUUUGGGGUUUUUUAUAUUGAAAAGUGUUCAUAAUAAAUUAAGCAUUUUCAAGCAAAAACAUUACUAAAUAAACUAAUAAUAUCAAUACAAUAAUAUAAUUGACCACGAGAGGAGACCAAACCAAUCAGAGCAUGAUGUUGAGUAUUGUGGGCACUGAUUGGCUCAGCCUCAGGCAUCAUUACUAAAUUGGAAUUAAAAUGACUAAAAGGUGACAAAAGUGUGUUAUUUAAUGUAAAAACAACAAAAAAAACUAAGUAUAUUUAGUAUGUUUCAAACAUGUUUGAUUUAUAAUUAUAUUAUUUAUAGCGGUCAUGUUGGGAACCAAUCAACAGCGAUAAAUGAGGGACACAUAUAAAUUGUAGCAUAUAUUCAGUUAAUUCUGGAUAAUCAAGCUCAGUGCUGUUCAUGCACUUUUUUUUUUUUACUCUAAUUUGCAGAAAUACUUGUCAGAAAACACACAGCAAGUGCUCGAAAUGGUGCUAUGUUUUAAUCUUACUGAUGAGGGCGCCAGAGCGACGAAAACAUUAAAAACGUUUAUGCAAACUCUCUUAGUGCACGAGGAUUCCAAGGAUUAAAUUAUCUGAGCUAAAAGCUGACUCAUAGAAAUGUUUUGUGCAUGGAAUGUUAUGUUAAAGCAAUCUGGGAGAUCUCAAAGUCUCCAUCUCCAAAGGCACAGUUGGACUUGCCUUCAUAAAAGUUCAAAGCAAAGGCUAAAAAGUAGGGUUUUUCAGUUGGCUUUUCUAAAACUGUUUUUAAAGGUAUGAACACAUGAUGGCCACUAUAUUUGGAUUCAGGACAUUGUGUCAGCUAUUAUGAUAAUUUAUCAUGUACCAUAUUAGUAGCAAAGCGGGAAUAAAAGUAGGCAAGACUAAUUACCUCUGUUUCACAAACACUUCACGCGCCAUUAAUAAAAAGGGCUGAUAUGUGUAUAUUCA